AUGGACGACGAGCCUCCACUCUUCGAGCGCUUGGGAGGGCAUGAGACCAUUGAAGCCAUCGUCUUUGAGUUGUACGACCUCAUGCGAGCGGACAGCUUGCUAGGCUUGCGGGGUAGUGCGUGGUCCGAAGUGGUGUUCUAUAGGGCCUUGGAAGGAUUCCUGGCUCACCAUGGAUUUCAGAGCCUGAAGAUGCCUGCAUUCCCGAACAACAGUUGUUUUACUAAGGAUUUUACCCCAGAAAAACCAGACAAACCAUUAAGCUCUAUAUAUCUCUAUAUAGUAGUUUUUGGGACAAACCCAGGGGAGAGUGUGCCAAGUGCAAACAGAGUGCCUCAGAGAUCCAUAAUGAAGGUGUGA